AUGGGAGCUAUCAAAUCAAGAGGACCACCAGCACCUCUUUUCAUUACCAUAUUUCUGGGAGCCAACGACGCCUGCCUGUCGAUGAACGGCCCCAUGGUCCCACUUCAAGAGUAUGAAGACCAUAUCCGCCAUUAUUUAACCACCAUCCUAGACGACCCUGCCACCAAGGACACCAGAGUUAUUUUAAUUUCUCCGCCCCCUGUCAACGUUCCCGUCCCGGUGGGGGAGCCUCUUCUGGAUAACCCCGAUGCCGCUAUUAUUUUGCGUAGCGUGGCAUCCCAAGGACGAGGACACAGAACAUGGGAAUCCAAACGAACGUUUGCGAAGAAGAUAGUCGAGAUUGGUAAAGAAUAUGAAGCCAAAAGUGGCAGGGUAGCCGUCUUGGAUCUUUGGUAUUCGAUCACAAAGUCUGUCUGUAGGAUAGAGGGGACGACUCAGGACGAUGCGUUCUAUCACCUAGACAUCGACGAGAUGCUUCCGGGUUCAGGGAUGCCCGGUGCAAAACCGUUUGAAAAUGGGUAUUUCACUGAUGGACUCCACUUAGGGGAUAAGGCAUAUCAAAUUCUGGGCCGUGAGUUGCUCGACCUUGCAUUGACAAAGUGGCCGGAGCUAAAAAGGGAGAACUUCCCCCGCCGGGUAUGUUCCUAUCCAAGUCUUGUGCCAGAAAGUGUCGCUAAUAUGUGA